CUCUGAGGCCGCCAUACUAGGCGAACGCAGGCGGAGGUGGCGGGAUACAUUCUGCUGUAUGUGAAGCACGCUAAACUGAUCAACAACACAACACGACACCAGUGAGACCCAAUGGACUCCAUCAACGCCAAAUACAUCUCCCAGAAGAUCAGCAAGACGCGCUGGCGGCCCGUGUCUGCGGCCUCGCUGCAGCAGCCGGAGCUUUUCGCCACGGGAUCCUGGGACAACGAGAAUAACAAAGUGUCGAUCUGGUCGGUGGGCGAUCAUGGAGUGUCAAACAUGGAUGGAGAGUUUGAUGAAGAGCCUCAGUUACUGUGUGACUUCCAGCAUGACGGAGACGUGCUGGACCUGCAGUUUCUAGAUCAAGACAGGCUCGUUUCUGCAUCAUCAAGUGGGGCUGUGACUAUUUUCAAGCUUCAGUCUGACUGUCAGGCUCUGUCAUCGGCUCAUGUGUGGGAGAGAGCUCAUCAGUACUCCUGUGAUGAUGCGCCCUGCACCUCGGUCGUGUGCAGAAGCCCUGAAAUAGUGUCCGUGGGUGAGGACGGGCGAGUUAUUCUGUACAAGGCCGAUCAGACCGAGGUCGUACGUGUUAUUGAAAAUGCAGAUAGCAGUACGAUUCAUGCCGUGACGUUUCUAAGGACGACUGAAGUUCUCACGGUUAACUCCAUCGGUCAGCUGAAGAUGUGGGACUUCAGACAGCAGAGCGACAGUCCGGCACAAAUCCUCUCUCUCACUGGGGACAGAGUGCCCUUGCACUGUGUGGAUAAGCACCCAAACCAGCAGCACAUAGUGGCCACAGGAGGGCAGGACGGGAUGCUGUGUAUCUGGGAUGUGAGACAGGGCAAUACGCCCUUCUCUCUCAUAGAGGCACAUUCAGCAGAAAUGUGGGAAGUACAUUUUCAUCCAUCAAACCCCAAUCACUUGUUUACAUGCUCAGAGGAUGGGUCUCUGCUACACUGGGAGACGACUUCCGGAUCAGACAUGAGCACUCUCCUGCAGAGGGGCUGGAACAGCAGGGUCAUCUCGCACAGUGCCGUUCCCCAAGCAGGGGAGAAUGACUCGGUGGUCAGUGCCUGGCUGGCCGGGGACUCCAGCAGAAGUAGACUGGAGGCGACUCAUAUGCUGCCCGGCCAGACACUGUCUGUCAACAGUCUGGAUGUGCUUGAGCAGUGUUUAGUGUGUGGGACUGAUGGGGAGGCUGUGUACAUCCACAGACAAGUUCCUGUUUGAUAACUCGCCUAAAACCAGAAUGCUUGGAAUAUUUUUAUACAUUACAUUUCUUUGUUCAAUUGAUUAAAACUAAACAAGAAUGAAGUCAUUAAAAUUGUAUUGUGUACAGUC